AUGAAGAGGAACCCCAGGAAGCUGGCCUGGACCAAGAGCUAUCGCGCGGCGCACGGCAAGGAGAUGACGGUCGACAGCACGCUCGCCUUCGCCGCGCGGAGGAACGUGCCCGUCCGCUACAACCGCGACCUGGUGGCCAAGACGCUGCAGGCGAUGCAGCGCGUCGAAGAGGUGCGCCAGCGCCGCGAGCGCCUCUUCUACAAGGAACGCAUGAAGGGCAACAAGGAGCGCCAGCUCGCCGCCGACCGCAAGCUCGUCGAGGAGAACCAGCACCUACUCCCGCCGGAGCUGCGCGACGAGGUGCCCGAGCACGUGCGCCAGAAGCUCGAGAGCAUGGAGGUCGAGAACGGCGAGUUCGAGGACAUGGACGAGGAGGUCGACGAGGAAGAGGAGAAGACGCGCGUCCGCGCCAAGGUCCCCAAGGCGAAGAGGAAGCAAAAGCUCAUUGUCGGCAAGGGCGUCGAGGACAUGGAUGUCGACGAGUGA